AUGGGAUUGGAUAGUGAGGAAAGGAUGGAGAUGGAUCUGGAGGAGGAUGUGCACGAAGAGAUGGAGAUAGAUCUGGAGGAGGACACAGAGGAGGAGAUGGAUCUUGAGCAGGAAGAUGAGGAGGAGGACAUGCACAUCAAGGAAAAGCUGGAAGCAGAGCUGCAGGAAGCGCAGAGGAAGAUGAGGGCAGUGGAGAGGAGGCGACAGGAAGAGCUAGAAAGAUUCCAAGAGGAAAUCCGUCUCCUGCUUCAGCACUGGGAGGCUCUACAAAACCAGGUCCUGCAAGAAAAGGCACGUGAGAAGACCGCUCUCUUGGAGAAGCUGUGCCAGACCCAGGUCGAGCUGCUCCAAACCCAGCAGCAGCAAGGGCAGCGCAGGCAGGAGGUGAGAGAGGAGCGACACAAUGGGCAGAUCUGCAGAGGCGAACCUGCCAGCGAACCUGCUGCUGCAGCAGCCCCCUGGAACGCAGCCCCCACUCCCCAGCCUGAGAACUCGAGCACCAGCAGUUCGUCCAGCUCACGCCUGGUCGCAGAGCAGCUGCGAGAGCUGAGAGAGGAGGAGGCCCUGAAGCUGCUGAGGAGCAUUGUGAGCAUUGGAGAUCCACUGAAGAAAUACACGGGAUGGGAAAAUAUUGGCCAAGGGGGCUUCGGAACCGUGUAUAGAGCAUUCGAUGCUGUCACAGGAGGAGAGGUGGCCAUCAAGCAAGUCAAGCUCCACCAACAGAGCAAAGAGGAACUCCUGAAAGAGAUCCUGGUCCUGAGGGAUAAGAACCACCCCAAUAUCGUUACCUAUUUAGACAGCUACCUUGUCCGUCAGGAGCUCUGGCUGGUGAUGGAGCACAUGGACGGAGGCUCUUUGAUGGAUGUUAUUAGCGAGACCUGGAUGGCCGUAGGACAGAUAGCAGCUGUCUGUCGGGAGUGCCUGCAGGGACUGGCUUUCCUUCAUUCCAACUGGGUCAUCCACAGAGACAUUAAAAGUGACAACAUUCUUCUGGGCCUGGACGGAGCGGUGAAGUUGGCUGAUUUUGGCCUCUGUGCUCAGCUCACCCCUGAGCACAGGAAACGGAGCUCCAUGGUCGGGACUGUUUACUGGAUGGCCCCUGAAGUUGUGAGAAGCCAACCCUACGGCCCCAAGGUGGACAUCUGGUCUCUUGGCAUCGUGGCAGUCGAGAUGCUGGAAGGAGAGCCUCCUUACUUUAAGCAAAGCCCUUCCAUGGCUCAAGACCUCAUAGCCAGAGAAAGGACACCAAAGCUGCAGAACCCCUGGCUACACUCCUCUCUCCUGCAUGACUUCCUGAACUGCUGCCUGCAGAGGGACGAGGAGAGGCGAGCGUCUGCCCAGGAGCUUCUGCAGCAUCCAUUUCUACAAUCAGCUGAGCCCCUCUCCAGACUGGUUCCUGUGAUUGUUGCAGCGAAGCAGUCCAGGGACUACAGGAGAUAA